GUCUAUUCUCUGGGGCUUCCCCCGCGGCGUGCCUCCUCUCCCUGCCUUCCCCGCCCAGGUGAGCCCCCGCCCCGUCGGGGCUUGAAGGCUGGCUGCCCUGCUCUUCAGGGGAAGGGAGGAGAGGGGGCUUCCAUCAAGGAGGAAGGGGCUCUGCGGAGCGGAGGGAAGGGGAGGCAGCCUCUGCCAGCGCCCCUCCCCUCGGCCCCCUUCCUGCCUCCCUUCUUCUUCUUCCUGCAGCCCGGGAGGCGGCGGCGGAGGCAGGGGGCCACUGCGGGGAUCCUCCUCCUCCAGCCGCAGCCCCCUCCCCGAGGGGAACCGGGGGGUCUUCGGAGGCUCCGCGGAGGAGGAGGCGGGGACCAGGAGGGACCCCUCUCCCGCCGCCUUGUCGGGGCUGGGCGCCGCCGGGCGGGGAGGACCAUGGAGCCGAAGCCUUUGUUCAGCCUGCAGAAGGCGCUGGCGCAGCCGGUCCAGAUGUGCAUGCUCGACCUCCCGCUCAGCCUCCAGCACGAGGACCAGGACGACGAGGAGAGCUCCACGCAGGAGAUCGGAGAAGAGGUGGAAGAAGGCAUCGUCUAUAGCAUUUCCCUCCGGAAAGUCCAGCUCCAUCACACAGCCAACAAGGGCCAGCGAUGGCUGGGGUUUGAGAAUGAAUCAGCUUUAAACCUCUAUGAGACAUGCAAAGUGCGGACUAUCAAGGCUGGGACCCUGGAGAAACUGGUGGAGUACCUUGUCUCAGCCUUCAAGGGCAACGAUUCCACCUAUGUCACCAUCUUCCUCUGUACCUACCGCGCCUUUGCCAGCACCAAGCAGGUGCUGGACCUCCUCCUCAACAGGUAUGGGAAGCUUCACUCCCAGGCUCAUGGAGAGCAUGCCCGGCGUGCAGUGGACGAGAGGCUGGAGCUGAAAAACACCAUCUCAUCCAUCCUGGGGGCCUGGCUGGAUCAGUACUCCGAGGACUUCCGGAAGCCGCCAGAUUAUACCUGCCUUAAGCAGCUCAUCAUUUAUGUGCGCCUCAACAUCCCUGGCUCCGACCUGGAACGCCGAGCACGUAUACUCUUCACCCAGUUCCAGCAACAGGAACAUGCUGAGGUAGAGGCAGAAGUGGUGGACCGGCCCCGCUGCCCACUGCACUUGGAGGAGGAGGAUUGCCCGGGGGAGGGCAAGGUGGACUUCCUCAGCUUCUCCCCAGAGAUGGCGGCAGAGCAGUUCACGCUGAUGGAUGCAGAACUCUUCAAGAAAGUGGUGCCUUACCAUUGCCUGGGCUGCAUCUGGUCACAACGCGACAAGAAGGGCAAGGAACACCUGGCACCCUCCAUCAGGGCCACUGUCUCCCAGUUCAAUAGUGUCACCAACUGUGUCAUCGCAACCUGCCUUGGCAACCGGACACUGAAACCUCUGCAAAGGGCCAGGGUGGUGGAGCGCUGGAUUGACGUUGCCCGGGAGUGCCGGAUUUUAAAGAAUUUCUCUUCUCUCCGAGCCAUUCUGUCUGCCCUGCAAUGCAACGCCAUUCAUAGGCUGAAGAAGACGUGGGAUGAAGUUUCACGUGAGAGCUUCCGCACUUUCCAUGAGCUAUCAGAAAUCUUUUCAGAUGACAAUAACCACUCUUUGAGCCGUGAGCUCCUUAUUAAGGAGGGAACCUCCAAAUUUGCCACGCUAGAGAUCAACCCAAAGAGAGCUCAGAAGCGGCAGCAGCAGCAACGUGAAAUGGGAGUAAUGCAAGGCACCAUCCCUUAUCUGGGCACCUUCCUCACAGACCUGGUGAUGUUGGACACAGCCAUGAAGGACUAUUUGGAGGGUGGCCUGAUCAACUUUGAGAAAAGGAGGAAGGAGUUUGAGGUCAUUGCCCAGAUCAAGCUGCUCCAGUCGGCCUGCAACAACUACAACUUCAUCCGGGAGGGCCGCUUUGUCACCUGGUUCCACAGCAUGGAGAAGUUGAGUGAAGCAGAGAGUUACAGCCUGUCGUGUGAGAUCGAGCCCCUCUCAGAAUCUGCCAGCAAUACCCUGAAGGCCAAGAAGAACACCGGCAUCAUCAAGCGCUGGAGCGACCGGCAGGCACCCACCACUGAGCCCUGUACUAGUGGCAGUUGUCACUCCAAGUCCUUUGACCAGCUGAAGUGUGGGCCCUACCUGUGCAGUGGGGACAGCACAGCCGACUCCGUCAGUGUCACUUCAGCCGGUUCCAGCAGUUCCGACGUAGAGGAAGUCAACGCUGGCUUCAUCCCUGACUCCCCCGAGGGCCAAGAGAAGAAGGUACCAGGCGGCAGCGGCAGCAGUGACGGUGGCGGCUCCCUGGGCCCUGCUCACGCCCUGGUGGGCAGGCAGCAGUUCUGGGAGUCCACUUCACUCUCCUCCUUGGACACGUCUGGCAUCGGCUCGAGUUCCAGCAGUGCCUCCUCAUCCUCGGUCUCCUCCACGCCAGUGGUGGCCUCACGCACCCACAAGCGCUCUGUCUCAGGCCUUUCCAGCUACUCCUCCCUCUCGCUGCCGCUCUACAACCAGCAGAUUGACGACUGCUGCAUCAUCCGGGUCAGCUUAGCUGUGGAGAAUGGCAACAUGUACAAGAGCAUCCUGGUAACAAGUCAGGACAAAACUCCAGUGGUAAUCCGGAAGGCCAUGGCCAAGCACAAUCUAGAUGCCGACCGGCCAGAAGAUUAUGAGCUGAUUCAGAUCAUCUCAGAAGAAAGAGAGCUCAAGAUCCCAGACAACGCCAAUGUCUUCUAUGCCAUGAACUCUGCGGCCAACUACGACUUUGUCCUCAAGAAAAGAGGCUUCUCCCGGGCUGUCAAAAUCAAGCACGGCUCCAGCUCCACACUGCCCCGGAUGAAGCAGAAGGGACUCAAGAUCGCCAAAGGCAUUUUCUGACCCUGGCCUGGCCAGCCACUUUGGCUGGCGCCUGCCACCAAGCCAGCUCUUGGCCACCAACCACUCUUAAAGGACGGCUUCUAGUGGGGUGAUGACACUGCCUUUCCUUGGCCUUCUCUGGCUUCCCACAGAAGGGAGAGCACACAGGAAGGCACAGUCAAACCCAAAGAGGUGGCUGAAGGAACCAGAACACCCCACGUGUCCACACGCACUCAGCCACCUGUUUAUUGCCCUCUGCCUUGGCACUGGCAGCUGGUCCUUGCCUUCAGUCAAGUCUGCAUCUCUCUUGCUUUUUUUUACAGAGAUUUUUAAACAUUUUUUAAAACCAAGGUGCAAAGGCUUACCAAUCUGCAACAGCCUGGCACAACACCCACCUCUCUGCCUUAGGCGCCUCUUCUCGCCAUGCCAGUACCAGCUUCCUCGCCCCCUCUGCCAGCACCCAGAGCGGGGAGAAGUGGAGGAAGGCAGGAGGGCCAAGUGAACCAGGGGGAAAGAGGAUGCCCCUGAGCUCAGCCUGGGGUGACUCUCUGCCUAGAACCCUCAGAUGGGAUCCUCGAUGGCAAUGCAUUUGGUCCUCGGGGUGGUCAGAGGGGUCCCCAGUGUCCUCCCCCCCUGCUGCCUGCCAGCCAGGUUAUCUGUGCCCAACUGGGGAUCCCACUCAGACUUUUCACCUUCCAAACUCCCCUACUCGUCCCCUUUUUUUUUUUUAAAGAGCCUGCACCAAAGAUUGAAUGGCAUUGCUUUUUUUUGUCAGAACUUCUGCUGAUCAGUUAGGGCAGGGGUAGAAGACACCAGUUUUGCACAGAGAAUGUUGUAAAUAACAGACUUUGCUUGGAAAGUGGCGGGGCAGGGGAGCCUCUGGCUUUCAAACCCAAACUCCCUCCACCACAUUUGGUUUUGCCAGACUCUUGGGAAAGUACCACUUCUGUGUUGUAAUGGACUGGAAGCUUAGGCCUUGAAAUAGGGUGCAUUGACUGUGGCAGGCAGUGAAGAAAUUUUUGUAAAGACAAACCAGAACAAACUGAAGUUACUAAUUUGUUUUUGUUUUUUUUCUCCAGUAUUUAUUGCUUGUAAAUAGACAGUUGAAUUUGUACAUUUUACUAACACUGUUUAAGGUCCAUCAGUGUGGUCACUUUUAUGUUGUAAGUAGUGAGAGGCCUUGGAUGUGUGUGGUGCAUGUGAGAGAGAGAGACAGAGAGAGAGGCUGGAGAAGGCAAAAAAAUUUCAUCUUUAUCAUAACUGAAUUUUGGGAAGGAUUUUUUUAUUGGAGCUUUAAGGGGGGGAGGAACUUAGCAAUUAGCAUAUAAAUCACUACACUGGAAAUACUAAUUAAUGCACUAAGUCUAAUUAUUUUUAACAGAUUGUCUCAAGGUGUCAGAUAAAGCUAUCGCUGUGUUACUGCGCAGGGCGGUCCAGGCCAGAGUAUUCUCCUUAGAUGAGCUUUAGCCUGGAUGGAACUGAGCUGGCUUGAGUAAGCGCUGGAAGGCUCUAAGUGAGAGAAGCCACAGCCCUUUUGGAAGAACAUAGGGGAUGUGAGGGAAACUCAAGUGAGGCAACAACACAGGUGUGAGGUUUCACCUGUGUCUUGCAGUGGCUUCUAGAAGGCAAGCUCCCAAACCACCUUGUCAUUAGGAGUCCACUUCUCUCUUGGCACCACAGAGAUGUGAGGGGGGCUUUGUCUGCCUCUUUAUGGUUAGGGUGCUGUGGUGUCAGUUGAGAUGUACCCAGCUCUACACUUACCUGCCCACCUGCUUGCUCGCUCACACACACCACAGAUCUGGAAAAGUGCCCUGGCUUCUGUUCUGCCUAUGAAGGGAGCAGGAGGCUCCUUGAGGGCAGAGGCAUGCUUGGGUGUGCAUGUGUGUGUAUUUUGCAGGGUUGGGGUUCCUUUCCUUGUCUGUUUCCUAUUCAGCAUAUUUCCCUGGACACAGUGAAGCAUAUGUUUGUGUUCCUUUCAGUAGUUUGCCUAUGCUAAAAGAAGAAAGUGGUCCACUCUUCUUGCAUGCUCCCAUCUUCUCAGAGGAGUCACUGGGCCCCUCUCUUGGAUGCCCUCCCAUUGCCACCUGCUUGGUUUGAGGGGCAUGACCCUCAGUGCUGAUGACCCUGAGCCAGGCUUCUCCCAUGGAUCAGCCACAAACCUCCACUGUGUGUGUGCCUAACACUGUAACAGUGCCCUUCGGCUUCGACCAGCCUUCUCCAUUUGGCACUGGCUGGAUGUGCUGGGUGAGGAUGGUGGGAGUUUUAGUUUUGGGGAAGACUGCCUUUUAUCCAUUUUUUAUUCUUUUUACUCGGGAGGAACUUGUAGUCUGCAGCUGUUGUUGGAUUACAACUUCCAUAGUUGAUGAAGCACUGGCUGACUGCCGAGGCACCUUAGCAAUAUGGGGCAGAUGAGAGAUCUACCACCUGCACUGGGCUGGGCCCUUCCUCUUAGCCUCCCUCCUCCUCUGGGCAUCUCAGUGUCAGAUUCUUCAGCAUCUGCAUAUGUGUGUGUGUGUGAGAGAGAGAGAGAGAGAGAGUGUGUGUGUGGCAUGAUUCAUGCAGGUGAACAUAGUUACAGUCUGUUUUGUACCAAUUGCCACACAAUGGCACACUAUUGAGUUGUGAUGUGUAUACAGCAAUGUAAUUAACCUUUUCAUUAAAAUACCAAUGUUUUGACAUUA